AUGAAAUUUGACGGAAUCUCACCGGCGGCGGCGGCGGGGGGGAGAAGGAGGAGCAGGCUCUGCCGAGACGCCAUCCGUGAUGUGGAGAGGGUUAUACGGAAGAAGGGCGGCGGCGGCGGCGGCGGGGGCGGAGGAGGGCGGCGGAGCUGCCAGCGGCGGCCUCGCCGGAGAGUGGAGGCGUCCUCCGCCGCCAUCCAGUCGCUGUUCCUCGCCUGCAAGUCCGUCUUCAAGGGCCCCGGCACCGUCCCCUCUGCCACCGACGUCCAGAUGCUCCGCCACCUCCUAGGUACGCCGCUGCCGCCGCCGGAGUCUGACCCGAAUAGACUGGUUCCCUCGGAAUUUCUUGGUGCGUUGAAUGAUCUGUGGGUUUUUGUCUUAGAUCUCUCCCUCCUUUGACCUCGGAUUUUUAAUCGGAGAUACAGAAAAUGGAUUUCUUCUCGCCGGUAUGUGACCCGAAUCGUCUGCUUCUCUCGGUUGACUUUUUGGGUGCAAGAAAUUUCCUGGUGGGUUGAAUGAUGUGUGGGUUUAUUCCUUAAAUUUUCUGUUUUCGUUUUUUUCUUGAUGGUUCGGACAGAUUUCGGUUGUUUGUUAGUUUCAAUUCGUGCAGAAAACUUGCCGCAUUUGGAAGCUGACGAGGUUGACUUCAGUUUCGCCGCCACCCAUCUCUUGAUCCAUCCCAUCUCGCCGGAAUUUGACCCGAAUCGUCUGGCUCCUCCGUUGACUUUUUGGGAAAUCAUUUUUUUGGGUUUAUUGCUGAGAUCCAUCCAUUCUUCUGUUUCUCUUGAUGGGUCGGACGAGAUUUCGGUUGUCUUGUCGGUUUUCGUUCGGGCAGAAAAAGAUUGCCGCAUUUGGAAGCUGACGAGGUUGACUUCGAUUUCAGACAAGAUGAGAUCGGAAGACAUUGACUUGAGCGCCGACAUACCCUUCUUCAAGGCCAAGACCGCCGGGGAAGGCGCCCCUGGUGUCACCUACACGACGGUCUACCAGUGCAGGAACUUCUCGGUAAUUUUUUUUUCCAUUUAUAGUAACCAGUCAUGGAAACAUAAAAGAAUAAUUAUAUCAAUUAUGAUAUUUUCCUUUUUUUUCAUGAAGAUAUGCAUUUUCUUCCUGCGGCCGGCCGCCGUCAUCCCCCUCCACGACCACCCGGACAUGACCGUCUUCAGCAAGCUCCUCCUCGGGUCAAUGCACGUGAGAUCCUAUGACUUCGUUGACCCGGCUGAUCCCGCUGCCGCUGCCGCCGCCGCGGCGCCGCCGUCGCCGCAAAAGAGUACGUGUCUGGGCCGAGACCUUACUAGUUAUGGAAAUGUCCGAGGACCCAGUGCGUUGAUCCCAGAGUUGGUAACAUUAGCGUGGAAUGCCUGGCAGGGCGGCUGGCCAGGUUGAAAGUGGACGCUGACCUUUCGGCGCCGUGCGGCGCCUCUGUUCUCUUCCCCGCCGCCGGCGGGAACAUCCAUGCUUUCACCGCCGUCACCCCCUGCGCCAUCCUGGACAUCUUGGGGCCGCCAUAUUCCACGGAGGACGACCGGGACAUCACCUACUACAGAGACCUUCCCUUUUCCGGUAAGCCGUUGACUUUUGGCCAUCGUCUUUCCUCUCGGAUUGUGGCUGAGGCGGCGCUGACCUUUUGGCUUCCUCCCGGAUUGUGUGGGUGUGCAGGUGGCGGUGCCGGCGAGGAGGGGGUCUACAGGUGGCUGGAGGAGACCGGGGUGCCCGAAGAAGCGGCGAUGACUCUGGUGGAGUACCUCGGCCCGCCGAUACUCGACCUCUGA